AUGCCCCUGCCGACUCCUUUGAAAGGAAUACGCGUGGUCGAUUUCACCUGGGUCCGCGCCGGUCCGUGGGCCGCCCGUUGGAUGGGCACCCUGGGCGCCGAGGUCAUCAAGGUGGAAUGGCCUCUCAACCUGGACACAUUGCGCCAAAACCGGUUCACCGUGCCGCCCGGCAUCGAGCCCGGCCCCAACUCCACCGGACAGUUCGCCGACACCAACGCCAACAAGCGCGGCAUCAGCGUUAACACCCGGACGGAAGAGGGACUGGAACUGGUCAAGCGUCUCAUCUCGGUCUCGGACAUCGUGAUCGAGAACUUCAGCAGCCGCAUCAUGCAGCGCUGGGGCUUGGGCUACGAGCAACUCAAGAAGAUCCGGCCCGACAUCAUAUAUGUAUCCAUGGCCGGCUUCGGCCACACCGGCCGCUACCACUGGUACGGCACCAUGGGACCGGCGGCCCAAGCGCUGAGCGGGCUCACCCACCUGUCUGGACUUCCCGGCGAGCCGCCCGCCGGCUGGGGCUGGUCCUACCUCGACGACACCGGCGGGAUGUACGGCGCGAUGAGCGCGUUGACCGCGUUGCGUCACCGCUCCGCCACCGGCAAAGGACAGCACGUUGACCUUUCCCAGAUGAUCACCGGUAUCACGCUGACCGGACCCGCCUUGCUGGACAAGACCGUCAACGGCCGGAAGGCCCGGCGCGAGGGCUUCCCGCCCGGCAACCGCACCGUCUGGCCCGGCGCCGAGGUGGUCAACAACUACCGCGGCCCUAUCGCCGCGCCUCACAACGCCUACCGCACCGCGCCCGGAGGCUACAACGACUGGGCGACCAUUGCAUGCCUGUCGAACGACGAAUGGCAGAAUCUGGUCAAGCUGAUGGGUGAUCCCGACUGGGCCGAUGACCGUUUCGACACCAUCGACGGCCGUCUCGAGCACCAGGAGGAGAUGGACGAGCGCAUCGGCGAGUGGACCAAGACGAUGGGCAAGUACGAGCUCACCGAAAAGUGCCAGGGCGCCGGCGUCCGCGCCAUGGCGGUGCAGAGCAGCCAGGACCGGGUGGACAACGACCCGCAGCUCCGGCACCGGGACAUGUAUGUUCCCAUGGACCACCCCAUGCUCGGGCCCUGGAAGUUCCAGAACGCUCCCUUCAAGAUGUCCAAGUCGCCGGCCCAAAUGUCCAGCCCGCCGCCCAUGAUCGGGCAGCACAACCGUGAUGUACUCGAAGACCUGCUGGGCGUGGCCCACGACGAUCUGUUGGACGGCUACGAAAACGGCAUCUUCUGGCCCACCACCAUGGACCGCUACCCCUACAUCGAGGAGGCCCUGCGAUGA